AUGGUGGUGCUCAAGAAUAUUGCUCAAAACUUGCAAAGGAAAUUCUCGCGAUCAAGACAGGCCGGAGAAAUGAAGGAGGGUCACUUUGCUGUCCUGGCCUCCUUCGACGGCAAUUCAAAGAGGUUCAUGGUGCCACUCUGUCACUUGAGCAACCCUGCUUUCGUGAGGCUGCUGGACGAGGCUGAGGAGGAAUACGGCUUUUCUCAGCAAAACAUCCUUACAGUGCCCUGUGAUCCAACUGAGCUUGAGAGGAUACUGGCAGCGGAUUGGAGGAAAGACUACUGA